AUGGCACCUUUGGGCGAAACCAUCGCGGUGAUUGACAAGUCUGGCAAAGUUGUGAGCACGAGUAAGCAACUAUUCGGCGUCUUCAGCCAUGCCAAAAAUGCCUAUCGUGAGCGCAAGUAUGCUUUUCAAUCGGAACGCAAUGCAAAGAUUGCAGAACAGCAAGCACUCGAGGGACUGGCCAACUAUCAGAUCGAUGACUCGCGGUCGGUAGCUUCUCGACGAAGCCAUUCCAGAUCAAGACAUAGCCGUAGUCAUCGUGCCCCAUCCCACUAUGACGAUGAACAGACAGUCAUAUCCCGACAGGAUUCUCAUUACGAGCACCCGCAGACAAUCGUGCGUCGUCAUACCCAUCAUGAUGUCGCAGUCCGCGAGGACGCCCGGCCCGAGACAGCUCGGUCCAAAUCUGAUGCGCAUAUCGACAUGGAUCUUGCAUAUGGGGACGCCUCCCAUGCAGCAUUAUCUCGAUAUACCCCUCCAGAACCGAAGGAUGAUCAACAAAAGCUUGAUGGUCUUGUCAACAAAGCACAGUGGCUCCUCGAAGAGGCACACUGUGUACAACACGGCGCCACUGCCACCAUGGCCCACCUCCAACAGAACCCAGAUGCCAUGGCCGCUGUAGCCUUGACUUUGGCGGAGAUUAGCAAUGUGGCCCGCCAGAUGGCGCCAUCUGCAUUAACCACACUCAAGGCUGCUGCUCCCGUCGUCUUCUCUCUGCUCUCCAGUCCUCAAUUCCUGAUCGCUGCUGGAGUCGGUCUUGGCGUGACAGUGGUCAUGUUUGGAGGCUACAAGAUCAUCCAGAGAAUCAAAGCUGGCGCAGUUGGACAAGAAGGACAACCCCCCGAGACGGAAGUAGAAAUGGAAGAAAUGAUGGAGCUUAACACAGAGGCCCUCAGCUCCGUCGAGAUGUGGAGACGCGGAGUCGCUGAUCAGCAAGCUGAAAGCCUCGGAACCUCUGUCGAUGGCGAAUUCAUCACCCCCACCGCAGCUGCUAUGUCAGGCAUCGACGUCACCACUGCUCGCGCGCGACGAGACCCUCGCUUCAAAUUCGACGACGAUGACUCGGUCGCUUCGUCCCGUCGUUCCCGCCGUACACGAACCAGCCGUGCUCCAACAUACGCACACUCGGAACGCCACGAGCGGAGAUCAAAGGCUCCUUCCGAGGCCCCGAGUGGAUUCUUUGGACGGAGCUCAUCCAGAUCUAAGGCGCCAUCAAUGGCUCCCAGCAGAGCCCCCAGCAGAUCGCAUAGCAAGGCCCCUAGCCAAGCUCCUAGCCAAGCCCCCAGCAGAGCUCCCAGUCAUUCACACAGCCGGGCCCCCAGUUAUUCACACAGUCGCGCGCCGAGUCAAGCACACAGCCGGCCUCCUAGUCGCACACACAGCCGCGCCUACUCAAAAUCCGGCAGUCUCGUUUCCGAGAUUGAGAAACGCUCCAAGGAGAAAAAGAAGGGGCCUAGCCGUUUGCGACUCAUGUUCACCUCUUCUUCUUAA